AUGGCACGACAACCCCUCUGGCUACGCUGCGAAACCAAGGAAUUUGAGCGGCGCGCUGCUCUGACACCAACGACCGCCAAGAAGCUCAUCGAUGCGGGUUUCGACAUCUUAGUUGAACGCGACGAGCAGAGGAUUUUCGACGACACAGAAUAUGAAGCUGUGGGAUGUACCCUCGUCGCGAAUAACUCGUGGCCAGUCGCCCCGGUCAACAUCCCCAUCAUCGGCCUCAAGGAGCUUACCGUCUCCGACGCGCCGCUUCCCAACACCCACAUCCAGUUCGCCCACUGCUAUAAGUACCAGGCGGGUUGGUCGACCGUGCUGGGGCGCUUCAACCGAGGCGGGGGCAAGUUGUACGAUCUCGAGUUCCUCGCAGAUGCAAACGGUCGUCGCGUCGCAGCGUUCGGAUACCAUGCUGGAUUCGCUGGAGCUGCUGCAGGUGCCUUGGCGCACGCAGCGCAGAAGAACGGUCAGACGUUGGGUCUUCUGGAGCCGUUCCAGAACGAAGACGCGAUGGUCAAUGCCGUGAAGGAGAAGCUCGGAGGAAGUGGGAAGGGGUUGAGGGCACUUGUAAUCGGCGCUCUGGGUAGGUGUGGGCGCGGCGCUGUCGACCUAUUCAGGAAGAUCGGGCUUGAAGGGGACGACAUCCUCAAGUGGGAUCUGGCCGAGACGGCCAAGGGCGGUCCCUUCCAGGAGAUAUUGGACGUCGAUAUCUUCGUCAACUGCAUCUAUCUCAGCUCCCCCAUCCCCCACUUCCUCACGCACGAGCAAAUUCGGAACGCUGGGAAGAGCAGGCGUCUGUCUGUUGUGGUCGACGUUAGCUGUGACACGACAAAUCCCCACAACCCGAUUCCUAUUUACAAUAUCAACACAACCUUCGCCGAGCCUACUGUCCCCGCCGAGGUUGGCCCCGGUAAUCCUCCCCUCUCGGUGAUAUCGAUCGACCACCUUCCGACGUUACUACCGCGGGAGGCGUCAGAGCAAUUCAGCUUAGACCUGUUGCCGUCGCUGCUAGAGUUCCCCAACAGGAACACGGCACCUGUGUGGGCCAAUGCGGAGAAGUUGUUCCGGGAAAGGCUUGCAGAGGCCAUCGAGGAGGAAAAUCUUUGA